AUGCGUGCUUCUCAGUUCUUCCUGGCCGUGGCCAGCCUUUUGGUUACCAUUAAUGCCUACUGGAUGGGUGAUAUUUCCCAUCAGGGCUUAGCUCCUUAUGCUGGUUCAGGAUACAGCGUGUUCCGCAAUGUCAAGGACUACGGCGCUAAGGGUGAUGGAGUUACAGAUGAUACAGCAGCGAUCAACGCUGCUAUCACUGCGGGAAACCGUUGUGGCAGGGGAAAGGCUUCCACCACCAUGACACCAGCAGUCGUCUACUUCCCUAGUGGCACAUACUUGAUCUCUUCUUCUAUUGUCCCUUACUACUUCACAAUGCUCAUAGGAGAUGCCAAUACCCCACCUACCCUCAAGGCCACUGCUGGCUUCUCAGGGUUUGGACUUAUUGAUGGCAACCCAUACUAUACUUCAGAUCUCAACUGGGUCUCCACCAAUGUCUUCUAUCGCCAGGUCAGAAACUUCGUUAUUGACACAACAAACAUCCCCGCUACGACAGCAGCUACGGGUAUGCACUGGCCGACAUCUCAGGCAACUAGCCUCCAGAACAUUGUAUUCAAGAUGCCGACUACAUCCGGAGUUGUGCAUGUUGGGCUCUUUAUCGAGAGUGGAAGUGGAGGUUUCAUGUCGGAUCUCACCUUCAUUGGAGGCGCUACGGGAGCAUCAAUGGGCAACCAGCAAUAUACCAUGCGCAACUUGGUUUUCCAAAAUUGCGUCACAGCUAUUAUCACUCUGUGGGACUGGGGCUGGACAUAUAUGGGUCUCACGAUCUCGAAUUGCCAGACUGGUAUUGACAUCUCUGCCGUUGACGGCUCGGGAAACAACCUUGUUGGCUCCUUAACAGUCAUCGACAGCACUUUCACCAAUGUCCCUGUCGGUAUCUUGACACACUACAGCUCAACCUCCCAGCCGCCAACAGCAAACAGUGUCAUUCUCGAGAACCUUGCUCUCAGUAAUGUGCCCGUUGUUGUCAAAGGACCUAGCGGCACCGUUCUUGCAGGCACCACGGGCACGACAACGAUCGCGGGUUGGGGGGAAGGACACCGAUAUAUCCCAUCAGGUCCUACAACCUUCCAAGGCACCAUCGACCCCAACUCUCGACCGGCUGCCCUCACCAGCGGUGGCGCCUAUUAUACUCGCUCCAAGCCGCAGUAUCAGUCCCUUGCCGCUUCUAGCUUCGUCAGUGUGCGUUCCACUGGUGCCAAGGGCGAUGGAGCGUCAGAUGACACCGCGGCCAUUCAGACAGCCAUCAACAAUGCCGUUUCAGCCGGAAAGGUGGUCUAUAUCGACCAUGGCGUGUACAGACUUACAUCCACCGUGACUAUCCCGCCUGGCGCCAAGAUCGUCGGUGAGGCAUAUCCCAUUCUUGUAGCUAGCGGCGGCUACUUUACCGACAUGUCGAAUCCGAAAGUGGUUUUGAAGGUCGGAACGACUUCUGGACAAGUCGGCACGGUUGAACUUAGCGACUUCGUGGUCGGCACUCAGGGUGCACAGGCCGGAGCUAUUCUCAUUGAAUGGAAUCUCGCAAGCAGUGGCACGCCUAGCGGCAUGUGGGAUGUACACACACGUAUCGGAGGCUUCACUGGCAGCCAGUUGCAAGUGGCCCAGUGUCUAAAGCAGCCUGGAAGCAGUACAGUGAACACCGGCUGCAUUGGUGCUUAUAUGAGCAUGCAUGUCACGGCAUCGGCAAGCAACCUGUAUAUGGAGAACUGCUGGCUCUGGACUGCUGACCAUGAUAUCGACGACGCCUCGAACACUCAGAUUACCGUCUACUCUGGAAGAGGCCUCUACAUUGAGUCUACCGCGGGGACAUUCUGGCUCGUUGGUACAGCUGUUGAGCACCAUGUUCUGUACCAAUAUCAGUUGUCUGGAACGAAGAAUAUUUUUGCCAACCAGCUGCAGACGGAGACUCCGUACUACCAACCACUACCUAACGCGCUGCAGCCCUUCCCAGUGGUAACGUCCCUGAAUGAUCCCAACUUCAACACCGACUGCAGCGGUGUCUCAGGAAACUGCGCCAUGGCGUGGGGCUUGAGAGUGCUCAGCUCGUCGAACAUCCUUGUCUACGGCGCCGGCCACUACUCCUUCUUUGACAAUUAUAGCACCACCUGCUCCACCUUCGCCGCCGGAGAGAGCUGCCAAGCUCGCAUUGUCCGCCUGCAAGGCACGCUCAGCAACGUAAACAUCUACAACUUGAACACCAUCGGUUCUCAGAGCAUGAUUGAUAGAGACGGCACUAGACUCGCUUACUAUGCGGAUAACGUCAAUGUCUAUCCGUCGAACAUCGUAAUGUUCAGGAGCGGUUGA